AUGGCUGUGUAUGUUAGCUCGGGGAGAAGCUCCGACAAGCAGGAAGACGUUGAAGCAGGAGCGAGGCUGCCGAUGGAGGAUGACGAUGAGGAUGUGGAGGAAGAGGAAGCAGCCAAGACAGGAUCUCGUUCGAUCCAGGAGAGAAGAUACGGGGAGGAGCAAAGGAGCGAGCAGAUGGGAGCGCAGAAACGGCUUGUGAUGGACUCACAAUCCUUGUCCCCCCCAGCCCAGGUACCGCGAGCUGCUGCUGGCUCCCCAAAGACUUCGGCGCCUGAGGGUGUUGGGCAUGUUGAACCAGAGCAUCAGGCCGCUGCAAUUAACUUGCAGCCAACCAAGAGCUCUGCUAGCAGGGAAGAGGAGGACGAGGACGAGGACGAGGACGAGGACGAGGACGAGGACGAGGACGAGGAAGUUGCUUCCCAGGAAUCGGAUGGCGAGCAGUUCAGGAGUGAAGGAGGAGGGGACAACGGUCAAGUGAAGGAUGAGUCGACGCCGGGAGUCUCUUCCUCGGGACAAAACUCGAGGAGUCAGAACGAGUUCGAGGAGAAAGUGAAAGAGGAGAAGCUGGAGCGGAGUGACUUCACUAUCUUCACUCAUGACCUCAAGUCGCAAUGUGAAGGGUUCUACAAUGACGUGCGGAGCAAACUCCCUUCACUGAGCUUGGCGAGUGACGACGACGACUCUAGCGACGACGAUGACGACUCUCCGAUAGAACCCAUCUUCAGCAACCUUCAGGUCGAUCCCAAGACAGGAGAGUACGUGGGAGAGAUCAAGUCAGGCCCUCUACUCUCCCUCAGUGUCGACCAGCCCUCUCCUUUACGGCAGUUCUCGCCAGACAAGAAGGAGCCAACUCCUUCCCCCCCUCCUUCUCCACCAAAGGCUGAACGAGCUGCGGUGCAGGCAAGUGGAGGGCACCAGACCUUGACUGUAAAGGAGGAGGUAGGCAGUCAGUUUGUGUCCGUGGAGCAGGAGAUGGAGGCGGCCAAGAAGCUUUCUCACCUAGGUCAGCAUGCCGAAGCCAUCAAGCACUUUUCCGUCGCCAUCCCCCACUGUCCUCCUGGUCAGAUCUUGACGUCUCUCCUCCUCGGCCGCGGCAAGUGCCACCUAGAAGAGAGGAUGUACAGCGAGGGGGUAGAGGACCUGGAGCGAGCGCUCGGGAUGGACCCGUCCAGCGUCGAGAUCCGCUUGCAGCUCGCCAUAGGCCUGCGCUUCCUGCACAAGUACCAGGAGGCUCAGCAGCACGUGAAGGAGGUGCUGGCAGCUGAUCCGAGGAACAACUUGGCGAAGCUGGAGGAGAGGAGGUUGCAGCAGCGGAUCGCCCUCGAGAGCGGGCAAGAUCUGGACUCUUGGAGGAGCAGGACUAGUGUGAUAGCGACUGCCAAGGAGAUCCAAGCCAAGGCAGAGCAGAACAUCUCGGAGAGCAGGGAGAAGACGGAGAGUGCGUUGUACAAGCUGAAGGAGAAGGAGUUCGAGGCGUCGUUCCUUCAGGAGAUCGAUAGCUUGCGGAGGCAGCAGGAGGCUCAACUGAGGGCCCAGCAUCGAGAAGUUAUUCUCGACACUAACCUCAACGGCAUCGAUGUGGACGACUUGUUGCAGUCAGUCAUGCAGAGUUGCAACGCUGGUGAGGGAGUUUCACAAGAGACGAACAAUGACGAGGUGAAGAGCGAUGAGGCGGUGAGGACAGAGCAUGACAAUCAGACGAACGUCGAAGAUGUCGGGCAAGAGGAGGUUCAAGUUGCAUCCGAGAAGCUUCUAGAUGAUGUGAAAGCGUCUGAACCAGCUGUUGCUCCUCCAUCGACCAGGCCUGUGGCACCGAUUGAGAGCGGCUCAGUUGCAUCCAAGUUGCGAUCGCUCCGUCAGAACGCAUCGACGAGAACAAGCGAGAGCACGCGAGAGGUCGCAAGUCAAGACGUGGCAAGACAGGCUGAAGAUGUGUGUGAAGUGACGCCCUCAGUGAAGCAUGCUGUUGCCCGACCGAAUGCCCGAGGACAAGAUGAGGGAGGAGCGAAGGGCAAAAGGGCGGCAAGGUUCACCAUGCAGAAUGAGUCCGAGGAGGAGGACGAGGAGGAGGACGACUGGAUGCAUCUACGCGCGAGCAUCAAGCAGCGAGGUCAGACCCCUGUUGAGGAGGAGAGCGCAAAGAAGGGAGAGAUGAAGGCCUGGCUGGAGAGCAGGAGCGAGGAGGACCGCAGGUCGUUCGAGAUGAAGAAGAAGGCGAGGGAGGAGGAGAGGAAGCUGAGCGAGCUCAAGGAGCAGCACAGGCUCGCGCAGGAGAGGGAGCUGGACCGGAAGAAGCAGGAGAGGGAGCAGCGUCUCAAGGAGGUGAUCUCUACGUUGGAGGGCAGCAGCAAGCCUGCUGACGUCACCAUCACGAACGUUUCUGAGAGGAAGGAAGAAGACAAGUUGGAGCAGGGGCAGCAAGGGACAAGCAGCGCAGAAGCUCAUCUAGCAGCGGCAGCAUCGAGACUCGCGCCUGCGUCCACGGCAGGAGAGGAGAUCGAGGUGGCUGAGGAAACAAGGAGGAAGAACUUAGAGGAGCAGGAGGGGAGUGGGUGGAUCCCGUCGCUACCAGACCAGCUGCUGAGGGUGUUAGGGGAGGGAGCAAACUCUCCCUCCACACUCAAGGGAGCUCUGGCAGCCCUCGAUCAUGACCUCUGCGUCCUUGUGCUCGCCGACGUCGAUCACGUCGUCACCGCCUCCUUCCUCAAAUGGAUCCUCCACCCUCGAGCCCUCCACCUUGCCCUGAGCAUGUCCGGCUGUCGGGACCCUGAGCUCUACGAGGACACGUCUCCUCCUCCCAGCCAUGGCAUGCUCUUCCCGUUCCAGGUGCUGGGCGUCUCGAGGGCACGUGUAUCUUCCGACCUCUGCCCUCCUUCCCUGCUGCCCAAGAUCAGCUCGCAGACGACAGAGGCAGCGCACUUUAUCAUUGCGCUAGCGAGGCCGAAGAAAGCUGAGGGGAGAGGAAGCUUCGUCUCGGAGGUGAAGGAGCUGUUGAGGAGGACGGAACUUGGUCUCCUCGUCUCCUCCCUCGGACAUGCUCAGCCCACCGCUGGCUCUCUUUCCGUCUCCUUGGAAGAGGAUACAGACUUGUCGCUGUUGACCAGUGUCCUGGCCGGGGAUGAACAGGUCUCCUCCUCCUCCUCUCCCCUCCUGUGGUUCCUCCGCCCUCCGUCACCCCUGCCCGAUCAACCCAACGAGGCCGCGUCCACCAAGGAGGAUGUUGUUGCUGUCCUCAAGCCGGACGCUGUCAGCCGCAACUUCGUGGGCCUCCUCCUCCUCCGGCUCAGCUCGGAAGGUCUCGACCUUUGCGGCUUCAGGAUGGCCUAUCCUCGCACCUUCCACCUCAACAAGCUCCGCUCCUUCUCCUCCACUGUCACUCCCCCUGGCUGCCCUGCCCUCGUCUUCGUUGCCAGAGGUCACAAGGCCGUCGAGCGCUGGACCACGGCUGUGGGCCCAGAGGAUCCGAUGGUGGCGAGACGAACUGACAGGCUGUCGCUGCGCUCACUGUGGGGUGAAGAUCGGAGCAGAAACUUGAUCACUGUAUCCAACUCCAUUCAGAGGAACAGAAGGGAAGCAGAAUGGUGGUUUGGGCAGGCCAAGGAGCUGCAGGAGGAGAUGGGGAAGGGGCAGAAGAAGGAACAAGGGAUGUGUCUUUAUGCUCCUCCUCCUCUUCUAUCUUCGGCUCUCAUGCUCCGCCCUGGCGUCCCUGAGGACAUGGUCGUCAGGCUUGUCUGCCUGCUGCAGCGACGGGGUCUGAGACUGACGGCUCUUGAGAGGAAGCGAAUCCCCCCUGGCGUUGUCGAUCACCUUGGCAUGCCGCGGGACUUGUUCCUGGAGGAGGACGAGGCGGCAAGUUCCCCAGUCUGCCUGCAGCUGUCGGAGGACGACGUCUUCAGCAAGCUCGCAGUGAUGGAGAGAGAGAUCCAAGAGAUGUUCCAUCCCUGGAUAGCGAGGAGGAGGGAGGAGAGGAAGACAAACACAACAUCGUCGUCGUCAUCCUCGUCGUCACCACUGAGGCCUCGCACUCCCAAGAAAGAAAGCAAGUUCUCUACUAUCUCCGAUGUCGCUUGCUACAGUGCGAACAGAGAGACUUCUGAGCGUUGUGCUGUCCACUUGGCGCUCAAUGAUGGCCCGGAGACAAUAGACUCUUGGAAGAGCGGGAAAGGGAACGGGAACGGGAAGGUGGAGGUGGAGGUGGAGGUGGAGGUGGAGGUGGAGGUGGAGGAGGUAGUGGUGAUGGUGGAGAAGGAGGAGGAGGAGGGGGGGGGGGAGGAGGUGGUGGUGGUGGUGGUAGUAGUGGAGGAGGAGGGUGGUGAUGGAGGAGGUAGUGGUGGUGGUAGUGGAGGAGGAGGUGGUGGAGGGCGGGGAAGGGGACGCUUACAUCGUUACACGUGUCUCUUCACCAGCUUCGCUUCCAUGUUGAAGUAG